AAAAAUAAUGAAAUGUGUAAAUAUUGUGGAAGAUAUUUUAGUCAUCCUGGAAAUUUAAAACGCCACAUUAAAACAACUCAUUUCAAAUUUAGCCACCAAUGUCCAGUUUGUGGUAAACUGUGUUCACAGAAGGGUCAUCUACAGGACCAUAUUAAACGUAUUCAUUCAGACAUAAUGUAUAAUAAACCUACUUGUUAUAUUUGUGGUCAAAGUUACACAGAUAAAGGAAAUUUACAACGUCAUAUUAAAGGCAGCCAUAAUCAGAUUAAGACAUUCUGUCCUAUCUGUAACAAGACAUUUAGUAGAGUUGACAAUUUAAAGAGACAUGUCUUAGUUGCUAGACUGGAAGAUGGCAGAACAUGUCAAUUUUGUGGUAAAUCUUUCACUCAGAAAAGUCAUCUGAACAGACACAUUAGAGGUCAACAUUUGGGUCAAAAAUUACAUGUUUGUCCAAUUUGUGGUAAAUCUGCAGCACAAAAAUCUAAUAUUAGACUCCAUAUUCUUCGUGCUGAGUUAGAAAGAAAGUUUCCAUGUUCAUUUUGUGGGGCUGGUUUUAAAAGAAAGAGUCAUUUAAUUCGACAUGUUAAAAGCAUACAUCUUGAUUAUCGUGUUGAAUGUCCUAUUUGUAAGAAAAUUUUCAAUCAGUCUGAAAAUUUGAAAACUCAUCUAAGAAAUAUUCAUAAAGUCAUCCAUUAUACUGAUAGGAAAUUCCAAUGUAGUUACUGUCAGGCUGCUUUCAAGAGAUCAGAUCAUUUAAAGCGACACAUUGCCGGAAUCCAUUUCGAUUACAAGAUUAACUGCCCUAUAUGUCACAAAGCUUUUAAUCAAAAAGAUAACUUGAGAAGUCAUGUGAAAAAUGUUGAAAGUGAUAGAAAGUUUGAAUGUGUUUUCUGUGGUAAUAGUUUCAAGAGGGCAUACCAUUUAAAAAGACAUGUUACAAGCAUACACACAAAUUUCAGAAUAAAUUGUCCAAUUUGUGACAGGCCUUUUAAUUUGAAGGAGAACCUGAAUGUUCAUUUAAGAACAGUUGAUGAUCAGGAAAGAAAGUUUAUUUGUUCAUUUUGUGGUUCUGGUUUUAAAAGAUCACAUCAUUUAAAACGUCAUGUCGAUGGCAUUCAUCUUGAUUAUCGUGAAUAUUGUCCUAUUUGUCAAAAAUCUUUUAAUGUUCGACAAAAUUUGAGGGUCCAUUUAAGAUCAAUUUAUUCUGAAGAUAAUGCUUAUAAAUGUGUUUGUUGUGAGAAGAGAUAUGGUCGGAAAGUUCAUUUACAAAGGCAUUUUAAAUCUGCACAUCUUAAUGUUCGAUACAAAUGUCCAAUAUGUCAGAAAUUGUUCACCAGAAAGGACAAAAUGCACUUACACUAUCGGACAUGUCAUAAUAUACCAGAUGAUGUUCCUAGUGAUGGUAGUGAAAUAAUACAAUCACUACAACUUUCACAUGAUCCAGCUUUCUUAAAAUAUACUUAA